UUUGUCCAAAAUCUUAAUACAAUUUUAUUUCUAUUUUAUCAUCUUCUUUUCUAUUAGAGAUUGCUCCCUCGAAGCGAGCUUUCUCAGUGCAUUUUCAUCGAGCAUCUUCGGGUGUGCUAUACACGCAACAGUCACACCCCGGCAUGGAACCCGAGGACUCGCCGUCUCGCCCACUGAUCGACGAGAUCCACUCCAACGGCGACAUCGAAGAUGCGAGCCGCAGCAAGAGGCCAAUUAUAAGUAGCGGCGAGCAGCUCGACGUGGAAGCCUACGCAAGCCUCUACCAGGGGCGCACCAAGAUCGUGCGCCUCCUUUUUAUCGCGGACCACUGCGAGGGCAACCCGGGGAUGCGGCUGGAGGCUCUCCGAAUGGCCUACGAAGAGAUCAAGAAGGGCGAGAAUACCCAACUCUUUAGAGAAGUGAUGCAGAAGAUUGACAGCAAGAUGGGACCCGACUAUGUGAUGGACUCCGCUUGGUCGGAGAUGGUUGACCGCAGGGCCGAACAGAAGAAGGAGAAACUCGAGAACGAGCUCAAUGCGUAUAGGACAAAUUUGAUCAAAGAAAGCAUAAGAAUGGGAUACAAUGAUUUUGGAGAUUUUUAUUAUGCUCACGGUGCACUUGGGGAUGCUUUUAAAAGUUAUGUACGAACUCGUGAUUAUUGUACUACAUCAAAACAUAUCAUCCAUAUGUGUAUGAGUGCAAUUCUGGUCAGCAUUGAGAUGGGUCAAUUCACUCACGUGACAAGCUAUGUGAGUAAAGCAGAACAAUCGUCAGAGGCCCUUGACCCAAUCACAGCCUCAAAACUACAUUGUGCUGCAGGAUUGGCUCAUUUAGAGGCUAAAAAAUACAAGCUCGCUGCUCGUAAGUUCUUGGAAGCAGGUCCUGAAUUGGCAAGUCACUACAACGAAGUCAUUGCACCACAAGAUGUUGCAACAUAUGGCGGACUUAGUGCACUUGCAAGUUUUGACAGAACGGAGUUGAAGCACAAAGUUAUAGACAAUGACAACUUCCGGAAUUUCUUAGAGUUAGUACCUGAAGUAAGGGAGCUUAUCAAUGAUUUCUACUCGAGCCAUUAUGCAUCGUGCCUGGAUUACCUUGGAAAUCUCAAAGCAAAUCUGUUGCUUGACAUCCAUUUGCAUGACCAUGUUGAGUCAUUGUAUGAUCAAAUCCGUAACAAAGCCCUCAUCCAGUACACACACCCAUUUGUCUCAGUUGAUUUGCGAAUGAUGGCUAAUGCCUUCAAAACAAGCAUUGCAGGGCUAGAGAAAGAACUUGAAACAUUGAUUACAGAGAACCAAAUACAGGCUCGAAUUGACUCACACAAUAAAAUUUUGUAUGCACGUCAUGCAGAUCAAAGAAAUGCAACUUUCCAGCGAGUUUUACAGACAGGCAGUGAAUUUGAUCGGGAUGUUCGGUCAAUGCUGCUGAGAGCAAAUCUUAUUAAGCAUGAAUACAAUCUUAGGGCAUCAAGGAAACUUUGAAUAUCAAUUUCAGCGGGGACAGUGGGUAUGACCAAGCCUUUUCUCCUUUUGGUAUUGAUAUGCAAUUGUGCUUGGUCCUUUAGAAUGGCAAAGUGGGUGUUCAGCAUUCAAGGAUACAAAAUUUUAUGCAACAAUUACCAAAUAUAAAUGAUUAGUGUUCUGUAUAUGGCCGGAUUUAUCUCAUUGGUUGCUGUCAAUUCUUCAUUUUCGCGUGGUUUC